AGUAAAUUAUAUAAAAAAAAAAAUUACAUCUUGAAAAAAAGAUAUUAUUUUAUGAAGAUUUGUUUUAGUUUGAUCCGAGUGGUAUGCAAGUUCGUCAAUCUGCAAGUACUGUUCCACUAGUGCAAAAAUAAUCAUGUCUUUACCACCUGCUCUGGCUGCACGUUUAGCCAAACGGGGCCUAUUAAAAACAAACUCUAAAAAUGACACUCCUCCGACUCUAGUAAAUGAAGAGAUUAUUGCAGAAGAUUAUGAUAAUAAUACUGAAGAGUUGGCCACUAAGGAACACUUUUGGGAAGGUAUCGAAGGAGUAAAUGUGGAUCCGAUAAAAGGACAUAAAGGCUGUCCAAAUAAAAGUAACAUUUACCAUGAGUGCUCUAAAGUUUGUGUUAAAACUUGGAAACAAGGAAAGGUUACGCCUAGCGAAAUUUAUUUAGAAAACAAGCGAAAAAUUUUAGAACUCUGGCCUUUACCGGCAGGAUGGGAGGAAGUAUACGAUGAAGGUACUGGCUAUUUUUACUUUUGGAAUGUUCAUAACAAUCUGGUUUCGUGGUUACCGCCUUCACAUCCUCGCGCUGCACCUAGUGAGAGUGCUGCACAUCUGCGUGAAGAGAGACUUUUAAGAGAAGGUGACGAAAGUGAUGACAGCAGUGAUGCUUCAGAUCAAGAAGUGCCCCAACAGAACUAUAAAGAUAAACGCAAUGAGCGCAGGGAGAGGGAACGUGAAAUGGUACAUCACAGAGAUAAAAAGAAACAUAGGGUUAAGGAUAAUGAUUUAGAUCCAAUGGAUCCAGCUUCAUACUCUGACAUUCCAAGAGGAGGCUGGACUUCAGGCCUUGAUGCUCAUGCUAAAACCGGUGUUGAUACCACUGCAUCAGGUUCUCUUUAUCAGAUGAGGCCCUACCCUGCACCGGGAGCUAUCCUUGCAGCAAAUGCCAAGCAGAGUUCGCCUCCACCCUCUCCAAAUUAGUGUUACGUUUACCUAUACAGUGUAUUGGCAAUGUAUGCACUCUUACUUUUAUUAAAUAAUACAGAUGAUU